UUUCCUCCUCUCAGUUCUCUUGCUGUUUUUUUGUCCACGACUCGCCCUACGGAUUUCUGUUAUCCUGCAGAACGGAGCUGUCGUGACUCGGCGCUUGCCGCUGCAAAGAGAGGAGAGAUCAGGAGGCAAGAAGAGAACGGGAGAGAGGCUGAGACAGACUAAUCGAUCACUCUGAUACAGAGACGGGCUAGCAGAGGAGAACUGAGGCAGUUCCAGUGCCUUUCCCUGCCAUUGUUAUUAGGAAACCUUCUUUAACUUGUAUGGGAGUCUUCCAAAGCAUUUUGAAUUGCAUCUGUCUCUUGGACAGAGAGGACAGCUAGCUCAAAGGACAUCUUCUGAUACAGCAAGGGCUCCUCUUUGCUCCCGUUCAUCGAUACAGCCAAGAUUCGAGGCUUUAGAGGGAGGACCACUUUUGAAUGAGAAGUUCAAUGUUUCCCAAAUAAUUGAUCUCCAUUCUGAAUGAUAAUGCUGGACAACAACCAUUUCCUGUCAUUUAAACCCUCCCCCCUGGACUCUCCUCCAAUGGUGGAUGACUUGGAGAAGGAAGACUUGAAGAUGGAUCAUGACAGACUUGUCUAUCACAGCCUGAAAGAAGUCCUCCAGCUCAAGCUUCAGCAGAGACGCACACGAGAGGAGCUUGUCAGUCAAGGGAUCAUGCCACCCCUAAAGAGUCCUGCAGCCUUUCACGAACAGCGUAAGAGUCUGGAGCGAGCACGGACCGAGGACUACCUGAAGAGGAAGAUCCGGAGUCGUCCAGAGCGCUCUGAGCUGGUCAGGAUGCACAUUCUGGAGGAGACGUCGGCAGAGCCGUCUCUGCAGGCCAAGCAGCUGCAGCUGAAACGAGCGCGACUGGCCGACGACCUCAAUGACAAGAUCUCACACAGGCCGGGUCCCAUCGAGCUGGUCCACAAGAACAUCCUGUCUGUCAGCUGCCCUCUGCAGCAAUCGCUACUGGAUUCCCCAAAGGGAGCCGGGGGGGAGAGCUCAUCUUUAGAUGAAGACAGCAGUGAUGCUCUGUCUCCAGACCAGCUAACCAAUCACGAUUCUCCCCUGAGCAACGUCACUCAGCUGUCCCCGUCCGAUGUGCUCACGCAGAACGGCGACAUUUCCCCCACGCAGUUUCUUUCACAGCCCACUCCUCCGCCUCCACCGCCUCCACCACCACCUGCUCCCCUGGCGAAUGGGUCAGACUCUCCACUCCCAAAACUAACUAAUUUGACAACUUUGACCUCAGCAUCCUCCCGUCCCUCUACUGGACAGGUCAAGUAUCAGGCUAAGACGAGUUCAGACCGCCCCCCACAGAGACCUAAGAAACCAAAGGACAACAAACCCAAGGUGAAAAAGCUGAAGUACCAUCAGUACAUCCCUCCAGACCAGAAGGCAGACAAGGAGCGGCCGCCUCAGAUGGAUUCGUCUUAUGCGAAGCUGCUCCAGCAGCAGCAGCUCUUCCUGCAGCUGCAGAUUCUCAGUCAGCAGCAGCAGCACUACAACUACCACACCAUCCUGCCUGCCCCUCCUAAGCCACAAACAGAGCAUCCUCCCACGACCAGCUCCGGUCCCUCACCUUCCCGCAGCACUCACACAACGACGACCUCGGCCCCCUCAAGUCAGACCUCCACAGCCCGUCAGAACCAAGCUGCAGUGGGAGGAGCCAAACCAGCCACUCUGCCAGCCAACCUGGAUGAAUUCAAAGUUGCUGAGUUGAAACAAGAACUGAAAUUGCGAGGGCUGACGGUGUCAGGCACCAAGAAUGACCUUAUUGAGAGGCUCCGCAACUACCAAGAACAAAACGGCGCCGCCGCAACGGUUUUGAAAAACAGUAUAUCGCUGUCCGGCCAUCAGGGGGCGACUUCAGCUGCUAACAUCACUGCAUCUUCUCCAAACGCCACUUCCAACCCUGAUCUACAGUCAGCAGAGGGCAGCUUUAAGCUAGCUCUGUCCUCAUUGGCUCAGGCAGUCCCGGGGCGGGUCAUGCGUUUUGGCAGCACCAGCUCCAGCCCUCCGGUGUCGCCCACGCCGUCGGAGCGGUCCUUAGCUGGGAUGAGUCCAGAUGAGACAAGCUGCAACGGAGACAUGUUUGGGGAGAUGGUGAGCUCUCCCCUCACCCAGCUCACUCUCCACCCCUCUCCUCAGCACCCAUCAAACAUUGCCUCACUUUCUGUGGUCAAAGAGGAGAUUCAGAGCUCAUGCAGCCUCUCUAGGUCUUCACCUGCAUCUGUCCACCCUCCAGAGCACCAGGCAGGCAUAGCCAUGGACACAUCAUCUAUGGACAAAGAUCAGAUGCUCCAGGAGAAAGACAAACAAAUCGAGGAGCUAACCAGGAUGCUGAGGCAAAAGCAGAGACUAGUGGAGACCCUGAGGUCCCAGCUGGAGCAGGGCAAGAUGGCAGGUGGGAUAGUGGUGAAAAGUGAAGGAAGUGAGAAGAGCAGGACAUCUGCAGAGGUUAAACUGCAAACUUUAAUAAAAGCCUCAGCUAUUCAGCCCCCCACACUUCCUAACGGUAUCGUUGUGACAGUGAAGAAAGAGGUAGAGCUUGAGGAAAGGAUGGAAGGAAUAACAGAGGAGGCCCAGGCGAAGAAGCCGGCCCAGCCGAUGCAGUGCUCUCAGGAGACUUUGCUGAGGCUGCAGCAGAUUCACCGGCUGCAGGUCCAGCAGGCUGAACAGCAGAAACAGCAGGCACAACCAAAGCAGCAACAGGUGCAGCUGCAGAAAGUGGCAGAGAUCCGACCCAACCCUCAAAAACAACCACAGCAGCAGCAGCAGAAGAAAGAGGCUCAAAUCCUGCUCCAGCAGCAGCAGCAGCUGCAGCAGCUCAUCAUACAGCAGACCCAACAGAAGCAGCUCCAGGCCCAGCAGAAGUUAGCGCAGCAGAAACUGGCCCAGCAGAAGCUGGUGCAACAAAACCAGCUCAAGCAAACCGAGGCUCAGCAGAAAAACCAAGUUCAGCUGAAGCAGGUUCAGGUGCAGAUCCAGAACCAGACGGUGACGAGCCAAAAGCCUGCAGUAAACCAAACCCAACAGAGGAAGCAUCAGAAGGCUCAGCAGAGGCUGCAGCAGAGGAGGCAGACAGUCGCAGCCACCACACAACAGGUGACUCCAGUCAUCAUCAACCAACAGAACGGCACUCCGCUCCACACUCAAGCCUUUUCUUUAGACCUCCUGAAGGCCAACGGCACACCCACGCUGGUCACAGACAGCAACGGCAACCACUACCUGAUCGCCCUGACCAGUCACAGCACAGAUGGACAGAACCGAGUGACCUCAUUGGCCAAAACCAAUGGGCGCAUUACACUGCAGAGGUUGCAGUCGACUCCAAGUAAGCUCCCCAAUACCGACAGCCAAUCAAAAAAGCAGCCGGAGGCCGAGCCUGUAAGCCAACCAGAGAAAAGGGUGCAGCAAAAACAUGGACAGAAACCAGGGCUGCACCUGGAUACCAACGGCGUUCCUCAGCCCAGCCUGUCGCACACCGCUCCGCCCAACCUGCAGCCUUUCUUCGACGACAUGUCCGACACUGAAAACCAAAGCAACUUGAUGUCAUCUCUCAAGAGAGAGGAGGUGUGUCCGCCUUACGACCGGCACACACUGUUCACCCCUCCCUCUCCCAAACCCAACACCUCCCUUCCUUCUCGGCGCUCCAAACAGGAGAACGGUGUGAACAGCCAGCAGAUGGAUGACCUGUUCGAUAUUCUGCUCAAGAGUGGAGAAAUCCCAGGGUUCAAGGCCAACCCGGACCCAUCCCUCGCCCCUCUCCACUCUGACCCACCCUCUCCAUCUGCUGCCCCAUCCCCGCUCCACCUAUCUCCUCCCACCCCCACAGAGUCCCUCAUCUCCCCUCAGCCAUCUACAGCAGAGCCCUGCACAGGCAGCGGUCGCCUGGAGGACUUCCUGGAGAGCACCACAGGCGCCCCGCUGCUGGGGAUGGAGCCCGAUGGCGGCCUGACGCUGAUCGAUGACCUCCACAACCAGAUGCUGAGCACACCCAGCAUCCUGGACCACCCUCCUUCCCCCAUGGACACGUCCGAUCUGGGCUUCUCCCCUCACUCUACGGGGCUAGACUUCGGCGACCCCACGCUGGACAGCAUGGACUGGCUGGACAUCUCCAUGGUGGGGAGCACGAACGGAGGGAGCGAGGGCAGCGGAGUGGGGAGGGAAGGGGGAGCCUUAAGUGAAAGGGACGGAGGGACGAGUUUAGCCCCACUGGCGCCGCACACUCCGCCGAGCGUGUUCUCGGUCGAUUUUCUGGACAGCACAGACCUGCAGCUGCACUGGGAGUCGUGUCUGUAGCCGGCGAUGCAGACGCACACUGAUGGACAUGCGGUUGCUCACACUGUGUACAGGCUCCGUCUUUAUUUCACGCACAUAUGUCUCUAUGCUGUCUCUACCACUGCGAGCGUCACUGGCACAUGUAAACAUGCACCUUCACACAGUUUUCCUCUGGCUGUUACUGUACGCGAGCCGAGAGGUUAAUAUGCAAGAAACAUAGAAGUUACCUUCACAGAAAAGACUUAAACUUGGUGGAAAUGAGGUGAACUUUUAGAAUUUGAGUCUUUACAACUGACUGGUAACAGCCAGGCUAUUAAAAAAAAAAAAAAAAAACACAAAAAAAAAAAAAAACCUGUUUCUUGUGUCCGGACCUGGUUUAUGUUUAAACCAUUUGGAAGCUUGACAGAUACGAGACGAGGAGCGACUGUCGGUGACGCCUACUCGGGGGCUCCCUGAGAUAGCAGUGCCUCCUAAACUUUGCACUUAUGCGGAAUCUGAUUGGUUUAAAGGGGGCGUUCAGGUCAGUGACUGAAUUUUGCCACCAUGCCUUACUUUACACACUAGAGUGUGUAAAGCAAGGCAGCAGUUGGAAACCUGAACCCCACACACACUAGUCAAAGAGACAACCAUCACUGGUUGUCAGUUGCUGUUGAAUUGAACCAUAUCAGUGGCAACAGUUUGAUCUGAAGCCUCGUUUGAGGCCACGUAUUAUUGGUAACAUUAUGGUAGACCACUAUGUAUUGCUGUAUAUGGGGUGUAUAUUAUCAAUUGUCCAUAUGACUAUUUUUCUUUGCUGGUUGCUUUAGAGUCGAGCUAGCUGGCUGGGGAACAUGGGGUGAGGGUGGGGCUUACAAAACACUUGGUCCCUGUCGUUUUUUUUUUAAAGAAAACUUGGAAAAAAAUAAACAUAAAAACACAAAAGAUGUUUGCUUUUGAUGUUUUCUUGUUUUUUUUUUUUAUUAUUUUGAUAACACUGCAAAGAUGAGCUAUCUUAGCAUUAGUAAGGAACAACUUAACUUGAAGAUUUAGAUUAAAAUAAAGUGAAAUAAUCUGCCA